AUGUAUCAGAACAACUAGUACAAUUAAGGAGGAGAUUACUAUAGACCAAUUUAAUCUACUCUGAACUAGCAACCAAAGCUCGAUUUUAAUCUAAUGGAUGAUCCUUACCAGAAUAAUAGAAUUAACAAUGCUUUUGGUGGUCCUUAGAUGAACCAGUACAAUUAAUAGAAUCAAUUCGCCAAUCAAGCCAACAAUUACAAUCAGAGGGGAACACCUGGCUAUGGUUAAGACGCAUGGGGAGCAACAAACUAAAUGGGCAUAAGUGGUGGAAUCUAAAAUCAAUACGGAAACCCAGGUUAUCAGGGUAAUACCUAGAACUAAAACUAUAAUAACUACAACAAUAUGAAUAAUAUUGGCUAACAACCCUACAAUCAGAAUUUGAAUUAGUAGCCUAUGCCUGGAUAUAGCAAUUUUAAUCAGCCUUUCCAGAAUCAAAGCCCACAAAAUUAUGGAAUUGGAAUGGGAGGAUUGCCAAACCAAGGUAUUUAAUUUGACUAAUAAUACGAUACUCUAAUGAGAAGGAUCUCAAAUUUCAUCUUAUCGAGUGGCCAUAGAAAUUUCGAUUCCUUUUUUCGCCCAUUUGAUUGCUAUAAAAGUAGAAUUAUAGAGGAUUGGGAGUUUUUAAUCAUUUUCCCAGUUCUUACAUCACUUGAAGAGGUUAAUAUCAUUAUUAACAGGUUGUCUUAUGGGAUCUAGGGGAAAUUAGAAUACUCUGUUUUAGUUUCAGAACUCUAAACAAAAUACAAUAAUGGAAUUAUUCUUCAAGAGUAGAAAUAGGUUAGCAUCUAUAUGGCUAGGCUAUCUGAAUUAAACACAGAUAUAACAAUGACAAGGCUCGAAAUGAUAGCGAGAGUGAUUCUUGAGAGUGAUAGAACAGGAACAUACAGAGGAGCAUUUGAAAAUGCAUUUGCUUUAAAGCAAAAAGCUUUAUUCUCUGGAAGAGGAGGACAACUUAAUCGAGGAAAAGCUUCUCUAACACCUUAGUAGACUAACUUUUUAAAAUAGAUCAGGGCUGGAAUUCUUAAGUUUAACAUAGAUUGGUAGAAAUUAUUAACUAAAAGUGGGGUCUAACUUGAAGAUACUCAUAUAAAUGCUGAAUAGCUUUAAGAAAUUGGAAGAAAUAGUAGAUCACUUAUCCAUCUCGAAGCUAAUUAGUUGAAUGACCUAAUAAUUAAGCUUGAAGACCCUAAUAGGUAGAACCACAUGCUAAUCUCAGAAUUUUAAAACUAACUAUAUUAGUAUGAUGGAGAUCUAGGUGUAAGCUUCGAAAUCGGUCCUAUAAAACCUCAAAAUAAGUGGUUAUUUUUAAAGUAAUUCGCUCAGAAUCAGCAUAAGAAUAUAGAUGAGCUAUUUGACUCAAUCUAAAUUGAUGGAUUAUAAAAUGUCGUGGAUAAGAUGGAAUUCGUCACACUUUUGAAUCAAUAACUAGGAAAACCAUUAAAUGAAAUAGAAGAACUACUGGUUGGUUAUGCAGUGGGUCCAGGAAAAAUUAACUUAUCUCUAAUUUAGUCUGAUUUGAUGGAUGGUGAAGAAACUGAUAUGACUGAAGAAUAAGCUAAACAGGUGCUUGAAGGAAUCUUUAAUGAAAUGAAAAAGUUAAUGGCAAAAUAUGAAACUAACAUCGUCAGCAUUUUACUUGAUAGUGACUAAGAUGAUGGCUUUAUUGAUAAGAAUGAAUUGAAGCAGGCUUUUCAUCAGAUAGGACUAUAGAAAAUAACUAAUGAAUAAAUCAAUGCUUGUUUCAGGAUUCUUGAUGAGCUAAACACUGGAUAAUUAGAUCCUACUUAAAUUAUAGACAGUUUUUUCAAAUAUGCAAAUUAAAAAAAAGUGACUAAUCCCCUAGAUAAGAACUUUCCUGUGUAUGAGAAGGUAAGAAAAUAUAUGACUGAUAAAAGAUAUCUGUCUGUUUCAUCAGUCUUUUAGUAAGAGAAUAAUAAUUAGAGCAGAGAUGAAGAAAUCAUUGUUAGUAAAAGUGAAUUUCUAUCGAUAUUAAAAACAGUUGUAAAAGUUGAAGAAUUAUAGAGAGGAUAUUUUGAAUAAUCGUUUAUGAUGGAAUUUAAUAUAAUUGGAAGUGAUAAAUUGGAUUUUCAAAAAUUUGCAGAUUCGAUUGGAUAUGAUUAGUUUCAAAAGAAAUCUCAUGGAAUGUAAAAAUAAACUGGAUUUGGUGAUACUCAGGCUUUUGGUAAAGGUAUUUUGAAAUUUGAAAGCAGAAGGUAGUUUUACAGAACUUUCUUAAGAAGUAUUACAAACAAAGAUUAAGAUGGGACAAUUAUAUUUAAGAAGAAAAAUGAACUUGAAUUUGAUUUUAGAGAAAAAGAUACGAAUCUACAGCAAUUGAUACCUAAAUUUAGUUUUGAAAAUGUCAUCAAGAGGUAUUGUCCUGAGUUUAUUAAUGAUGUUGAUUUAAUUGAUAUUGUUGCUCGUGACUUUGUAUAAUAUCCCAAUGAACAUCCAGUAAGAGUGAAUUACUUUAAUUUUAUGAACAAAAUCAAUGAUGAGUUUUAUAAAUUAAAAUUCCUUAAUGAACUCUAUAAAAAGCUUUAUGACACUCUUCUCUUCAGAGGUAAAACUGAUCUGUACUCUUUAUUCUAAAAAUUUGAUAUUGCCUCUACAAGAAAAUUUGACAAGGAAUAAUUGAAGUAAUUCUUAUCAUCGAGAGGAAUAUCAGAUCCAACAAAGGUAAACUACCUAUAAGAGGAAUAUGAUCCUGAGAAAUCUGGCUUUGUUAAGUAUACAGAUAUAGAAAAAGAUUAUAGAGACUUAACUAGAGACUUAGCAUUUAGCAAUAAGAGUCAGGCUGUUGAUUUAAAUAAAGUGCUCUAAGUCAUUAAAAAAUACCUGGAUAUUACUGGGAAAACAUUAAGAUAGGUUUUCAAUAAAACAUCAGUCAAAGACAAAGAUGGCAUCUCUUAGUUUUAAUUUACAAAGAUUAUGAAUGAAAUAAACGAGAGAACUGGCAGGGAGAUCCAUGAAAGUCAUAUCCACAAGUUUAUUCUUGAAAUAACUUCUCAGGAUAUUAAACAGAUAUCGUUUACUGAAUUGAAAAAGCAAUUUAACACUUAUUUUAACCUAAGAGAUGAAGACGAUCAACUAUUUAUUCCUAGAUAGAUAGAAGAACUUUAAUAGCUUAUAGCUCAAAUUGCUCUCGACAAAAAGACAAUAGGCUUUGAGCUUGAAAGCCAUUUCUAAUAUCCCAAAUCAUUUUAGAGCGAUUUUGAAAGGGAUUUAGAUAAAGAGCCAUUGUUUUGCAGAAAAAUAUUGACUAAAGACAUUUUUGAUGCCUUGACUAUGAAAUUUACAGAAUAGAAUUAUAUUAAUACUUAGAAAUUUUUAAUUGAGGUGAAAGAUAAAAUGUUCAAACUGGAGUAAAAGUAGUAAAUAUUUUAGGAUAUAAAAAAAUAGCUUUAAUUAAAAAAUCUCACUAUGAGAGAGAUGUUUUAUCGAGCAAACUCGCAAAUCAAAUAGUUUGAGCUAAAGGAGUUAUCACCUGAGGAGUUCCAAUCAGUAUUCUUAUUUAUUGAAUACAGAAUAUCACUUGAUAGAAUAAAAAAGAUUUUAGAAAAUUUGCUUCAAGCAGAUGACAAUGGGAAAUUUAACUAUGAAGAAUUUAUAUAAGAAUUUGAAGAUAGUCAAAAUAAGCAAACAAACAAGUUUUAAGGUACAAAAAAUUUCUAAAAUGUCACUGAAAUUUUAAAGAGAAUUGCAACCUGUAUUGAACAAAGAAAUCUUUUAAAUCUUGGAGCACUAUUAGCAGAUUAAGAUUACGAAUAAUAAAAUGCCAUUGAUAAAGAGAACUUUUAUAGAGUGCUAGAUAGUUUACAGUUAGGCCUUGGUUAAGGUGAUAUUCUUGAGCUCAUGAGGACUUUUAGGAAAAAGGGAACAAAGGACUAAGUAGAUAUUUCAAAGUUUAGAGAUGAACUAAAUUUUUAAAUAAUUAAUCCAGAUCUUAAAAUUCACCUUAGGUCUGUUCUGAACCAAGUAGUACAAGAAAGAAUUGUAGAAAAUGCAGAUCUCUCUCCGAGAUCAAGCAAGAAAAAAUCCCAAUUAGAGCAAGAGGCAUUUACUAAAUAUAUGCCAUUAAUCUAAGACAUCUUAUGUGGACUAUUUAUAAAGGGGUCUGAAAUCGCAGAAUGGUCAAUAAAAUUUUCAGCUGUGGUAAAAGGAAGUUUAAAUAUCAGAGAAUUUACAGCAGCUAUUGAGGCAUUAGAUGUUUAACCAGAUGAUGUUUAAAUUAUCAAGCAAUACUAUGAGCAUCUCAUUUGUAGACAAGAAGUUUAUCUUGGAUUUAAAUCACAACUUAUUUUGAUAGAGUAGUUCUAAAGCAUCAUCCAUAAAGAUUGUGCUCUCUCAAAAGACAAAAUGCUUGAAUCCAUCCUUUAUGAUAUUUGCAAGCAUUUAACCUUACAAAUGACUCCAAUAAAAGAUAAUUUAAGACUAUUUGAUCCAUCAUUUUCUGGUCUCGUUUUUAAAUAAGACUUUAUUAACACUUUACUAGACAACUAUCUAAAGCUCGGCGCUGUGCUUACAAAAAAUAAGAAGACAUUAUUAGCUUAUAAAUACUGCCCAAUCUAAGCAAUUCAAUUUAGAUAUGAAGAUUUUUUAAUGGAUUUAGAAAAGAUUUAGCAACAAAAUCCUUAAGCAAUUAGACUUUGUUGGACUUAAUAGGAUACUAAUGAAUAAAUGAGAAAACAAGCUGAAAUGGAUUUAAAAGAAUUAGAUUAAGCAGAUAAAGAUUCAAAAAUUUAACCCACUUCUCCAGAUCCAGUAGCUUAAUCUAAGAAAAAUACAGUUUGCACAUAAAGGACUUUAUCUCUUGGUCAUUCUCUAAAAGUUGCAGUAGCUUCAUUUUAUUUUGAUGAUAUUAUGAUUGAAUCGUUCAGAAAAGGAGUAGCUGUUGAAGUUUAUUUCAAGAAAUAUAGCAAGUAUUUUAAUGGCAUGUUUUUGCUUGAUAAAGACGCAUUUUCUGAAGCAGUAAGUUCUCUUAAUGUAAAAUGGGCAGAGCCCAUUAAACUCUCUGAAAUGUUUGAUGCUAUUGAUGUUGCUGUUCAUGGAAGUUACUCUAGAAAACUUAGAAUUGAAGAUAUUGGUGAAGCUGUGUUCCACAAUGCUGUUUAAAACAUCUAAUUCUAUUAGGCCAAAGUUAUUGAGAUAAUCUUUAAGGGACUUAAAGAUUCAGGUAUGCUUCCAAAACUAAGGGAUCUUUUCAAUUUCUUUAACACAAAGAGAGAUAACACUUGCCCAAUAAAAGAUUUGAAGAACAUGCUUUUAGAUAAAUUAGGAUUAAUAAAAAAUAUUUCUGAGAGCUAAAUAGAUCUACUUAUGCAAAGAUAUGCCUCUUAUGAUCCCCAAAGAGUAGAUUUCUCAAUUUUUAUCAGAGAUAUGGAAUACUGCAAUCUUGGUAUUAACGCUUCUUUGAUUUGGGCUAUUUAACUGGCUGAAGACAUUGUCAAGGGAGUUUUGAUUUUGGGUUUAAACAAUGUAGAGCAACUUUUCUAAAAGUUUAUGAAAACUCAAGGCGUGAUUAUAUAUGAUGAAUUUAACAGAGCUAUGGAUGAUAUUCAACUUUCACUUUAUCAUGAUGAUUAAGAUUUCAGAGAUUUCUUCAAUCAUAUUGAAUUUAAUGAGAACAGGGCUACUUUAUAACAUAAUGAUUAUUCAAAGGUCGGUAUUACUUAACUUUGCAACACUAUAAAAAGACUAGUUUAAAAAACUGAUGAAUAACUCAGUCACUAAAUAAUGGAAAAAAUAUUUGCAGAAUACAAAAAAUAGAAUCAAACUAUCACAGUCUUCACAAUCUUUAGUGGGAUAGAUUUAGAAAAUACAGGAAUGGUAUCCUUUGCUGAUUUCAAAUAUGGAAUCGAGGAAAAGCUUAGAAUCAAGACUAUUAAACCAAUGGAUCUAUAAUUCUUAGCCAAAAAAUUUGCUCCAAAACAUUUAAGAUCGAAUUAAUCAGAAAUGAUUGAUUAUAGAAGAUUCUUCGAUUAUUUUGAAAGACUAGAGAGAUAUGGCUUGAAAGCUGGAAAAGACAUUCUAAAAGAUAAACAAGAGCCAAAAGCAAACAUCAACUAGGUAUCUGAGCUUCCACCAGAAGUCAAAAAGAUUUAUUCAGAUAUGAGCAUGUAUAUUAAUAAGUAGAAAUUGAUGGAUGCUCUCUGCUAGGAACUAGCAAUGGCAGAUUAAUUUAAGACAGGAAUGCUAAACGAUGCAACAAUUCACUAAUGCCUUAAAAAAUUCAAAAUAAUGGUGAAUAAGAAGUAAUUAAACUACAUUAUAUUCCCACUUGCUUUUGAUAAUCAAGGAAAUUAUAAUUAUCUAAUGAUGAUUGACAUGUUAUUUGGAAAGCAAUAAGCUUUACUGAUUUAGUAAAAGUUUAAAUUACAAGGCUAUAGCAACGCUUAAUAGAGACAGGAUAAGCCAGACCCAAAGUAGUAGGUUUUCAAGAAUCUAGUAAUGAGUAUUAGAUUUAAAGAUAGUGUGGAGCUAAGGUUCCAAUCAAUUCAAAAUAUUGCCCACUCUAUUAGUAAAGGUAGUUAUCUACUUAGAGAGUAGGAAUUCUACUCUCUAUUCAAGAGAGCAGGAAUUACUUUAAUGUAGGCUGAUUAGGAAUUCUUGAUUUAAAACUUUAGAUAAUAUAGAAAUUAAAAUAAUAAUGCUAUUGAUUUCAAAUUUUUCUUACAAACAUAUGAUAUUCAUGAUGCCCCAUCACUUCUUCUUAUGGAAAUUUAAAGAGAAGUUUAAGUUAAAAAUGUUGAUUUUGAUAAAGCUAUUGAGAAGUUAGGAGAUUUUAUAACUUUUGAAUAAUUUAGAGAAUUCUUAGAAGCCAAUUAACUAUAGACUCAGCAGUUUAUCAUUCCUGAGCAUAAGAGUUUGUUUGAUAUCAUAGCUGAUCGGAAAGAGACAAUGGAAAAAGGUGCUUUUAAGAAAGCUGUUAAGGGUGAAUAUGAUAGUUAAGAGUAGGAAUAACUUCCAUAUAUUGUCAAUGAAUUCACGUACUUUAUUUGCAACAAUAAUGUAGAUAUUUUCAAAUUUGUAAAUCCAGCAGCAAAAAAACUUACUCUUCAAAAUUUCCAAUCAUUAAUUUAAUAAAUGAAAUAUAUUCCAAGUAAUAAUAAAGAGAUGCCUCAACUUUUAAGUUACUUUGAAUUUGAUGAUGAUAACAAAUACAUUUCUGUGGACAAAAUAGUAUUUUAAAUUAAAAAAAUCAUUCCUAAUUAUGGCGCAGCAGCUCAAUAGAAUAAUUAGAAAUAGCAAUAGCAACAACCCAAUAUGCAACAAUAGCUUUAAAAAGAAAAUUAAGCUCCAAAUCAAGUAAAUCAAAUAUCAAAGUAACUUUCAUAAUUCAAUAAGAAGAUAAAAGCUAUUCUUUCAAAGCUAAAUGAGGGAAUAAGAAGGAAAAAAAUAAGCACUUCGUUGCUUCUUCAAUAAAUGGACAUGAACAAGAAUGGUUAGGUGGAAAAAUCUGAAUUUGUGGUAUUUUUUUCAAAAGACUUAAUAAUUAAGGGACUUACCUAACAAGAUCUAGAACUGCUUUAUGAUGCCUUAGACACGAAUAAAGAUGGAAUUCUGAGUAUUAGUGAACUCUGUCUCUGUAUUUAAGGCAUGCAAGAAUCUAAGGAAUAGCGACUGAAAAGUUUUGAUCUGGACUUACAGAAGGAAAUGGUAAGAGAGAUUAAUGAAUUGUUCAAAUUCUUCGACAAAAACAAUGAUGGCAAGAUAAGUGUAGAUGAGUUAGUAGUGGCCUUCAGAUCUAUUAACUAGAAUAUUGGAAUAGAGGAGGCGAAAGAAAUUAUGAAGAUUUCAGACAAAGAUAAGAAUAACAAUAUAGACAAAUAAGAAUUCGUAGAUAUGAUGCUGCCAAGACUAAAGGAAGAGUUACUAAGCUACGAGUAGAAUUUAGAUGAUUUAAGAAGGCUUUUCAAGGAAAGCGAUAGUGAUCACAGUAAUUACCUUAGUAAAAUGGAGUUAAAGACUGCUCUCAUGAAACUUAAUAUUGAGUUAACUGAUGUCUAGCUUGAAGAUCUCAUGAAAGAGCUUGAUUUAGAUGGAAAUCAAAAUAUUGACAUUGAUGAAUUCGUUGCUUUCCUCAGUAUUGCAGAUUAGAUCAAAUUCAAAAAUCCCUAAACUAAAACUAACAUCAUUAGAAUAAGACAUGCUAAGAAAUUGCACGCAAUUGAUUUUUACAACUGCUUUAAAAAUCUUCCCCAGUGCUUCUUGCCGUCUUUCACCACAGAUAUGUUUGAGAAAAGAAAUAUGUACACACCCUCAUACUAUUUAUACCCAGAUUUUGAUUCUCGGACAAUGACUUAUAAAGACCUACUCAAACUAGAGUACAUCACUGAGGUUGAUUCCAUAAAGAGAUAUAUUGCUAUGCAUUAGCCGCAUAUAAGCUGUGAGAUUUAAAUAGAGGAGUUUAAUAAUGUGCCACUUCCAAGAAAGGAGGAGUUUGAUUGGACCAAGAUAACUCACAGAGAAGUUAGAGCAGUACUGUAUGACUUCAGAUCUGGAGAAUUUUUAUCAAACAGCUUCCUAAUACAGGCUUAAUGGAAGCCCGAAUAUGAGGGUAAAUGGCUCUUCAACACUAAUGAUAACUUAAAUCAAGCUAAAAACUUCAUACUUAGAACUGACUAUCUAAAGACUCCCUAAAGUUUAGUUGAGGUUCAUCUUUUAAUUGAGUUGGUUUAUUAUACUGUCAACUAAGAUUAAAUUCAAUAAGUUACUUGCGCUUGGGGUAUAGUUCCUGCUUAACAACUUGACAAGGCAGCCAAAAUUAAAGUGUAACUAAGAGGAGGUUCACCAAUAACUGAGAUAAAGAUGAACUAAUCAGAAUUACAUUAACCAAAGAGCUUUAACUUCUUGAAAAAAAUAGUUGCAAAUGUGGAAGAAGCAAACCUUGUCUUGAAUGUUAGACCAUUCUCAAAAUUCUCUGAGUAAUCUUAAUACUAUGUGAGUAUGCUCCCAUCAAAUUGCCUAAUUAGUAAAAGACUCAUAUCCUUUGGAGCUGCUUUUAGACUAUAUUGCCAGAGGAAACUCUCUAAAUCAUAAUAGCUUAUGAUAGCGCCUUAAGGAAACUUUGUGAUUGCUCAGUUCAAAAAAAUCUUUGACUGUCCUGAUAUAAAUAUGAUCUUAGGUGAUUGUUGGGAAUUAGAUGUUAAUUAAAAGCUAAACAACCAGGUAAAUUUAAACAUGAUAGUCUAAAAAAUGGAGGAUUUCAUGAUAAAAUUAUAUUCUAUCAUAUACAGCACAGAAUUCGCAUUUGAUCAUGUAAAUCCUACCAGAUCUUCUUCUAUUGAUUCUGAACUUUUUAAAACCAGAGAACUUCUCAUUAAAAAUGCUCUAAUUCCAGGCAGAUAUAAGCCAUUUAUUGAGUAGCCUAAACCAAAAAAAGGCAAAGAGGCUGAAAAGCCUAUUCCUGCAGCACCAGUAUUUGCCAAUGAUGAUUAUAAGCCCUUCAAUAUCUCAGAAAUGGAAAUAUCUAUAUCAGGACUAGAUGACUUUGAAACGAAGUAAGAUGAACUUUUGAAAAUGUAUCAGCAAAUGGGCCUAAUCUACUGA